AUGGACGGGAAAGCAAAAGGUAAAGGGCCUGGAACGAAAUCUGGGGAUGGGCCGGCUGCAGGGCCUGCAGGGCCUGCUGCAGGGCCGAAAGGUGGAAAAGGCAAAGGUGCUGGACGUGGCAAGGGUCAGACUUUGACAAAACCGGAAAUCAAACCUACAAAGGCGAUGAAACCUUUGUGGUGGAGACGACUUCUGCUUGGCGCCGAUAUCAAAUCUGGGGCCAUUUGGGAAAAGGUGAGCGAUCAAACAAGCCUCUUGCCCAUUGAAAAGAUGGAAGCUCGAUUCGGCAAGGUGCAGACUCCCAAGCCAGCAGAGACCGAAACUGCUCAGGCCACACAGGUCAUUCGCAUCAGUGCUGUGCAUGAACGAGAGCUACGACUGUUGCCACCACCGGAUGAAGUUGGUCGAAGUCUUAUGGACCUGGACGAUCGCCUGGCCCUUGAUGAGCUGGAGCGAAUUCAGCUACUGGCACCUUCGGCUAAAGAUUUGGAAGCACUGAGGCAGGCACAGCAAAAUCAACCAGAUGCAUCGGUCGGACGGAUGGAAGAAUAUUGGUUGGCUAUUAGCAAGGUUCCUGCCCUGUGCGAACGCAUGGCUUGUUGGCAUUUCAUCAGAACCUACCGUGAGAGAGUUUCUUGCCACAGCGAACAUUUGCAAGAUCUGGACGAUAUGUUCUCCAGCAUUCAAUGCGAAGCUCUUCCAGCCUUGUUUGGAUCAAUUCUAUCCACUGGGAAUUGGUUAAAUUCGGGGACCGAGAAUGGCGAUGCUGUCGCCUUUGAUUUGGAGUUGCUGCAGCAGCUUCACGACAUCAAAGGAAGUGACAACAGCUUGCAGCACCUGAUUUUCCGAGAUUUCUUUGACUCACUAAAGAGCCAAGCAGCUGAACUGCUGGAGGCUCUAAGUCCUAUUCUACAGAACAUCAGCCGUAAAGUGGUCAAAGACAAUGAUGGAGUCAGGAUCAGCAAAUCAGUGCAUGUGACGUUGGAAGACUGUGAUGAAACGAUCUCUUCUUUAAAGGCUGAGUACUUGAAGAUCAAGGAAACCCUGGGUGAAUGCUUGGGUCCUCUCGAUUCCACAGAUCCUGUGAAGCUGCGCUUGGAAAGGGAGUUUCAAUCAGCCUCGCUCGCCGUUGAUGAUGUGGCACAAAGAUGCGAUGCUCUGAAGUUGAAGUACGAGGAACUGCUGAAGUGGCUUCAAACCACGGGCAUCAGGAGCAGUGAGUUCUGUCUCAUGUGGGACAACUUCUUACUUCCUGGAGAUUUGCUUCUAGCCCGCUACCAGGAGUCGCACAACAAUAACACCUUCGAGGCAGUUUUUUGUCAGGGAGAGACUUUUUUGCUUGAAGAUUUCCAAGCUCUGUGGCAGACCUUCUCGGCAGAGGAAGGCGAUCCUCCUUUUCAGAGGCAGCGCUCCCGAUCACCUGCCGAGCCUCAGGACAGUCCGUUGUCGCUGCGUUCUCCAACCAGAAGAAAGGAGCAUACUCCUUUGAUACUGCUCCCCUGGAGGAAGCUUGAAGUUUCAAGUGGCCCCAGCGUAUGGAACGCAGUGGAGGCCCAUGCAGCUCCUUCAGCAUCACCUGCCGAAUUGCAGUCUCGAUUCUCAGUACACGCCGUUGCAGAAGCUGAGAAGCGAAGAGUGGCCAAAGAGGCUAAAUCUCGGUUCGAAGAAAGUGCAAAGGAGAGCGAACAGAGGUGGGCCGCGCUGGCCCGUCAGCUUCCCAAAGUGGAAGAUUUGUUGCAGCUCCUGAAGGAGCCGUCUGGAACUUCGCCAUGCCAAUGUUCGCCUGAUCAGCUGAAGCAGGUGGAGAAGAUGCUUCUUGAAGAGGCGUCGGACGUUCCAGAGGAGGCGAACUACAGGAAUCAGUUGGGUGCUCUACAAGGUUUUCAAGAACGGCUGGCCUUGGCUGCCUUUCUCAUGAGCUACAGGCAACUUGCAGCUUCAUGCUCAGAGGCUUUGGAGGAGCUCUUGGAUAUUGCUCAGUGCUUCCAAUACUCAGAGGCGCUGCCUGACUUCCUUGCAGUGGUCCUGGCAAGUGGAAACUAUUUGAAUGGAGGAACCCAAAGAGGUCAAGCAGAUGGAUUCGACGUGAGUGAGAUGGAGAAGUUGCAAGGCGUGCAAGAUGCUGAAGGGAAGGAUUUGCGGCACUUCAUCCUCGAGGUGUUGUGCCAGCAGAUGCCACUUCAGGCUGAGCAACUCUUCAAGGAAUUGCGGCCUUGUUUUCUGAAUGUGAGGAGGGCGAUCUCCAAGGACGCCGUAGGCACGGCCAAGUUGACGAAGACGGUCGUUCACGUCUUGGAGACUGUGGACGAAGAGGUAACAGGCAUGCAGUGCAGCUUGGUAAAGGCACAGGACGCUUUGAGCAUGCUGCCCGAUGCACAGAAUGUGAAGGACUUGGAACAGGCGUCCUUGGUUGUGAAUGAGCUGGUGGCUGUAAGAGAUUCUGCGAAGGCAGCUUUUGAAGAACUCUUCAGCUUCCUGGCGAUGAAGCCAAUGAAGACUUUGGAAUUCUGCUUGCUCUGGGACAAUUUCUUCGUGCCUGAAGACUUGAUGGUCAACAAGGGCAAGGAUGACUACUUCAUCCCAGCCUUUUGUCAUCAAGAGCCUUUCAAGCUGGAACACAUUCAGGUCUUGUGGAAGAUCGAGGUUGGACAGAAUGCUGACGAGGACAGGGAAGAGAACACCAUGGAGGGACCACUGGAUGCAGAGCAAUUCUGCGCUGCCCUGCUACCUUUGGUGCAGAGCCCGGAGGACUUUGCAAACAAUGCCGCCAGCUUUUCAGCCUGCCCUGGCACCAAAUCCAAUGGCGGAGACUUGGGAGAGGUGGAAAGAGGGCAGAUGCACCCUGCCAUUGAGGCUGCACUUUUUGACCCUGAGCUGGAGCUUGGGGUGCCCUUGGGACCUGUGCAGACCGAUGCAGGUUAUCACCUGUUGAUGGCAAGGAAAAAGUGCAGAGGGAUUCUCUCCACUACAGUGUCUGCCAGUCACAUUCUGGUGAAACACGGUCGCUACCGGCCGCCUGCUUGCGAGGCAUCCAUUCACUUGCCGAAUUUGCUGGGCGAGGAAGGCGAUGUCACAAGGACCUGGAGGAGGUGGUCCUUUGCACAUUCGUUGCCACCUGCACUGACACACUUGGCAGAGGCUCAAGAGGAGGCGGAACAGCUUCAGCAGAAACGUCAGGCUCUGGAUGGGCAAGCAGGACUUCGGCUACUCUUCAGGUGGGAGGGUGCCUUCGUAUUCAACGUCAAAGGCAUUCUGUCUGACAUCUCUGGCGACAUGAUUGGACCCAUCAACUUAGUGGAUGGUUCUACGGAUUCACAGCCAAAGCAGCUGGGCGAUCUACUCACCACGGAUGAUGCAAGGACUUUGCACCCAGAGAAGGAUGGCUUUGAUGGACGCCUAAGAUGGAUGGAGAACGGCUGGCAGGAUGCGGAAGGUCUUCUGGAUGCUGAGAGCAUGUGCACCGUACAGAUCUUGCUACGAAGAUUUGACGCAGAUGCUGCACACACCAGGAAGACAUGUCACAGUGUACGUUUGCGCAUCAAGCCCACGAGGUUGGCGUAUGCUACCAGUGAGCAAGGACUUCGCUUGGGACUUUCUUCACCUCUGAAAGUGCAGGACCGUUCUGCCACGCUGGUAAAGCAACUGGACACGGGCGAGAUCUUGGUCAAGGUGGACAAUGGCCAGGAAGAGAUCGUUGAUGCGCGGCCACGGACUGUGGUGGGAUCAAGCCAGAUUCAGAGAGUACCAGGCCUGGGGCACUCCUGGGCAGCUGCUGGGCAGCUGGGCAUUCCGGAGGAAGUGAGAUUCUUCUCCUUCACGAUGGAAGACACCUUGUCCAUGCAAAAGUGUUGGAGGUCUUUGACAGGAGUUGCAUGCCGUGGCGCUGAUGGCGAUGAAAAGAAUGUGGACAUUGACCUCAAUGAGAUGAAUCACAGCAGCCAACGCUUCAACAGCGCUGAAGAAUUUGAAGAUGCCCGAGCACUGUAUUGCAGGAGGAUCACCCAGGAGGGCCGAUACAUUGAGGAUGCCAUCACCGGAAACAGAGUAGACAUUUCUGAGCAGAUUGUCCGCAUCGAAAUGGAGGUGAAGCAACAACCCAAUGUAGAUGCCUUAAGGCAUAUGGCCUUCGACGAUUUGGAAUGGGUGUCGGACAGCAGCUUCCGCCUGGGUGACCGCGUUUGGGCGCAGGGGCGGGAGGGCGUUGUUGAGCACCUGCAGAAGCAUGGCCGCUACAUGGUGAAAUUUUCAGAUGGGACUUCUUCUCCGGCUUUGCAUGCAUCCUCCAUCAAGCGAGCACAAGCCAUUGCAGGGGUGCAGCAUCGGGACUUUGCUGAAGUCCGGGAUAUUGCUGGCGUGGUGCCUUUGCUGUUGCAUCCUUCCCGUUUCUUGCAAGGUCGGCUCCAUGGAGCUCACUCUUCACAGCCGAUCCUGAUUCGUGCGGGGCCGGGCACUGGAAAGACUUGGUCCAUGCAGCAGCUGCUAUUCUUGCUAGCACAGGAAUUGAGUGUAUCAAGAAGUGAGAUCCAGUUGCAGCUGGUGCCUUUGCUCAUUCCGAUCCAAAAGCUGGCCAGGAUGUUGCGACAGCAUGCAGCCAAUUCCAAGGAGGGUCCUCCAUCCAACUUGGUUCUCUUCUACAUCCAAGCAGAGUUUCCGAGCGGGGACACAAGGAGCAUGCUGGAGCAAGCUUUCGAAAUGCGCAGCCUCAUUGUGAUGUUGGAUGGAAUUGAUGAGGCAGCAAGCAUGAAGCUGGCCGUGGAGGACUAUGUCACUAAAACCUUGGUCCCGAUGGGUGUCCCAUUGUUGGUGACCUCUCGUCCCGAAGGGAUCCGAAAGCGGCUGUACUCCAGGGACUUUGUCAUCAUGAAUCUGAAGCCACUGAGUCAAGACCAACAGCACAAGAUCAUUGAGAAACAGCUGCAGCAGAACGAGUUCUUCAAGCACCUCAUGGCCCUCAGUGCAGCCAGAAAGGAUCAGGAAGAGAUUUUCCACAGCAAUUUCUCCCCUGAGAGCCUCCAGAAGCUGAGCCUUGCCAAAGAAGCUGCCGAAUCUGCUCCAUCCUCGAUGUCUGAAGAUCACGCAGAUCACGAGGUCCUGGCAGCAGUGUUUUUUUGCUUGGCGGUUCGCCUUUUGUCAGAAGCAGCACUGGAUCAGAGUGCCUUGCAACUUCCACUGGAAGAUCUGGAAGGACACAGUGCGGGAAGUGCUGAGUCGAACAUGUCACGGCGAUUGAGUUUACACUCCAAAAAGACUGGAGUGAUUCGCUCAGAUUUCGUUUGCCCAUCAGCUUCGACCUUCUCCAAAGUGCUAGAGUUGCUCUUUUGUGGCUUCAGCACCUGCGUUGAUGGCGAGGAGGCAAAACUUCAAGUGACUGCCUGCGAUUUCAGCCGCUUCAAUGACCCUGGCCCACUUCGAUUUCGCUGGGUGAGCUGUCGGAUGUCGCUGCUGUACCAACAAAGUUCUCAUCCUGUCCAGGUGCAAAUUCACCAUCGUCAAAGCUUGGAAACCUUCAGGCGAAACGGAGUACAGGAGCACUUUUCCUUUGUGCAAAAGACAUUGAACGCUGGACAACAAGCAGGUGAUGAGCCCUCAUUCGGUGCUAUGCUGGAGGCGAGAAUGAGAGUAUUUGAGGAAAUAUGUCGAGUGCCAGUUUUACUCUCCGUCCUGGCCUGUGCUUUUGCCGUGGAAGUCCAGCAUUUGCCGGCCGACAUCUAUGAACUUUACGAAAUGGGCAUACUGGCAACUCUUCAACGGCAGCUUGGAAAGGAUCAAGUGCCAGCAGCCCUGGAGAUGCUUGAAGCUAUUGCUGUGGCCAACCACCUGGCCAAACGGCGCACUUUUCAGGUAGAAGAUCUGGAAGAUGCACUGAAAGGGAAACCUCACUUGCCGCCUUUUUGGUCUCAGCUCCUUGAGGAUGGAUCCAUUCCCUUGGUCAAAAUCUUGACUUUGGGCCAUGCCACAGGAGAAUUCCAAUUCAGUCAUCUCAGCUUCCAGGAAGCUCUCUUUGUUCGGGCUUUGAAAUCAGGCCUUCGCAACAGCUUCUGGAGCAGGGACUCUGUUGUCAGCUGCAAUUUGAACGACCCCUUCUACCGAAAUGCCUUUGCCAUCGGUCGGAAUCAUUUGGGCGAAGCUCUUGCGGUCAGCCGGCCAUGUCUCAACUUCGAUUGCCACCCGCGACUGACAGAUGUUGGACGUACAGGACUUCGAAAUUUGCUUGCGGGAGUUCGGGCUAUCACAGAACUUGAUUUGGCAAAUGUCAAUCUGCAAAAUGACCAAGAAGUUGACGAAUUGAUAUCAGCAAUGACCUCUGCCAAAGCGCCCAAUUUACAGGUCCUUGGGCUCAGCAGAUGCCAUUUGAACCAAAAAUCCACGCGAGCAAUCGGUGCUUUGUUGCAGAUGUCUCCACUGAAACGGUUGGACUUGGAAGGGAACACUGCAUUCUUGGUGUCCAACGACGCAGUGGAGGGACUUACAGAAGCUGUUGGAUCUGUUGGACUUCAAUCACUUGAUGUCCUCAGCCUACGUUGGUGCCACAUCCAGCCUUCUGUAUCAGCUGCGAUGAAAGACUUUCUGCACACAUGCUGUGGCAGAAGCGUGAUCCUUGAUAUUCAGGGAAAUCGUGGACUGUCAAAGGACUUGCUCCAGGAUUUCAAGAUGCUGAAGGGUUGCUAGCUGGGGCGCUCCCGGCGGUCCUGUCUCGUUUUUGACAAGACGCGAUAAUACGUGAUAAUGAGAUUUGCGCAACACAAUGCUCAACUGCGAAGCAGAUGAAGCGAGCAGUGGCGCGGAACAUCGUAGAAUACUUAUCGAUUUGAGAAGGAGCGCCUUUCGCGGCUCAAAAU